UCACUCACUCACUCACUCACUCACUCACUCACUCACUCACUCACACAUUCACUCACUCACACAUUCAUUCACUCACUCACUCACUCACUCACUCACUCCCUCACACACACACACUGUUAUCAACCGGGGGCCCUUAGCAAUUUUCUCAGGAUAACAGGAAGGAGGGAGGUUUGAGCUUGUGUCUGAUAGUUGUCGUGUUAUUGGUCUGCCUGUGUAGCGUCUCUGACCCGGUGACCGGCCAUUUCAAAGGUAACACUGUCCUGGCACCCCAAUGGUGGAACCAACUUCCCCUGAUGCUAGGAGUCCCUGCCGUUCUUCCAAAAACGUUGGGCUCUGGAACCCUACCUCUUCAAAGACUAUCUUAAGCAAGGACGAGCUACUGAAUAACCACAGCCUGAGUCACCAAGGUAUCAAGUUACCAUCCUAGGGUGUCUGUGUGAUGCCCCCUACUAGUGGGUCCCCUCCAAGUGUGUGAUGCAUCAUGGCUCCGGUGCUGAGUGCCUUGUGGAAACUGGGGGUCUUAGGGUCAGGGGACGCCAUGGCGACGUCCUUAGGCAACGAGCAGCUGGUCCUAGUGGGCACCCUGAUGACCAUCUCUGUCUUCUUGCUGCUCUCACUGCUACUGCUGCUGUGUGCAGGCUGCCAGGGGCCAAAGACAUCAAAUGGCCGCCCAGUAGCCCACGAGAGCCUCAUGAAUGGAGUGUCUGAGAGAGAGACAUUUACCGGUAGUCAGUCUGUGGACAGCCCAGGGACUGACCUAUUGGUGAGCAGCUCACACAACGGCCCACUAACCAGUGGUACAGUGUUGACAGACACCCAGGACAGCAGUCCCCAGCCCUCUGAGGAGAUGCUGUCCAGUCAGUCAGAGCUGCGGAGUUCCAAGUGUCCCCAGGACCGCGAGCUGCCCAGCAUCCCACCCAACAGCGCCCUGAACGGGAUGGGAUCUUCCAGCGGACCCCUUCUCCCUCCCUCUGGAGACGGCACCUACGAGGUGGUGAAGGAGAGAGGUGGCGACUUGACGGCGUCCCGGGACGUAAGCGUUGAGGACUCCCUGUACGAGACAGUCAAAGAGUUGAAGGACCAUCCAGGAAGCAUGGCUGCAGGUCUACCCAACGGACACGGUACUACGUCCCCCCUCAGCCCUGAUGACAAUGAAAUUUCCCACAACCACCUCCCACCUCCCAACAACCCUCCAGCCCUCCACAACGGCCAACUCAGCCCCGGCACCCCAGAGCGGGGGCCCCUUUGCGCGGGAGUGGAGUAUGCCUCAGUGAAUCUGAACAAGAAGAGCCGUUACAGUGCAGAGCUGGAGACCAGGCGCUCAGCCACCAUCGCUGCUGCUGUGAACCCCACAGAGGAGCCCGAGGAGGAGGACAGACCCCCGCCUGUACCUGACAAGAUGCUGGAUGAGAACGACAACCAGCCUACCAUGAUGGACGCAGGAGCGGUGGUGGUACUGGGGGCCGCGCUACAAAACGGACAGUUAGACUUUCCGCUGUCUACCUCACCGUGGCGAGACAACCCUGUGGUGUCAGAGAGCGAGCUGUCAGACAUGUACUCCAUGGUGGGGAAGCCAGGUCUAGAUGUGGAGGAGAAGGAGAGUGACUACAGCAGCAUUGCUGAUAUCAAGGGUCUGGUCUCCGAGUAUUCCUCCAGUGAUCUCUAUGCUACCGUCAGUGACAUCUACCCCCAGCCCAGAGAGGGGGAGUCAGACCCCCAGGGACCCCCCACAGAGAGCACCGAGCCUGGCUACGAGAUCAUCCACAUCCCUAAGACCGACAGUGGAGAGGACUUGGGGCUGGGGAACCAGGUUCAGGAGCCAGACUAUGAGAGUGUAGGUGAGCUGGCCCUUGGGUUGAACAGGGAGAGCUCCCGUCUCUGACUGCCUAUGGGCCCUAAAGCCUGAGUCUCUGGGGCCUCACCCUCCACCCCAGCCAUUAACCUCACUCCUAGCCUCACCCUCAACCCCAGCCAUUAACCUCACUCCUAGCCUCACCCUCAACCCCAGCCAUUAGCCUAACUCCUAGCCUCACCCUCAACCCCAGCCAUUAGCCUAACUCCUAGCCUCACCCUCAACCCCAGCCAUUAGCCUAACUCCGAGUCUCACCCUCAACCGCAGCCAUUAGCCUAACUCCUAGCCUCAACCCCAGCCAUUAGCCUAACUCCUAACCUCACCCUCAACCCCAGCCAUUAGCCUAACUCCUAGCCUCAACCCCAGCCAUUAGCCUAACUCCUAACCUCACCCUCAACCCCAGCCAUUAGCCUAACUCCUAGCCUCAACCCCAGCCAUUAGCCUAACUCCUAGCCUCACCCUCAACCCCAGCCAUUAGCCUAACUCCUAGCCUCACUCUCAACCCCAGCCAUUAGCCUAACUCCUAGCCUCACCCUCAACCCCAGCCAUUAGCCUAACUCAUAGCCUCAACCCCAGCCAUUAGCCUAACUCCUAGCCUCAACCCCAGCCAUUAGCCUACCUCCUAGUCUCACUCUCAACCCCAGCCAUUAGCCUAACUCCUAACCUCACUCUCAACCCCAGCCAUUAGCCUAACUCCUAACCUCACUCUCAACCCCAGCCAUUAGCCUAACGCCUAGCCUCACCCUCAACCCCAGCCAUUAGCCUAACUCCUAGCCUCAACCCCAGCCAUUAGCCUAACUCCUAGCCUCAACCCCAGCCAUUAGCCUAACUCCUAGUCUCACUCUCAACCCCAGCCAUUAGCCUAACUCCUAGUCUCACUCUCAACCCCAGCCAUUAGCCUAACUCCUAGUCUCACCCUCAACCCCAGCCAUUAGCUUAACUCCUAGCCUCACUCUCAACCCCAGCCAUUAGCCUAACUCCUAGUCUCACUCUCAACCCCAGCCAUUAGCCUAACUCCUAACCUCAACCCCAGCCAUUAGCCUAACUCCUAACCUCACUCUCAACCCCAGCCAUUAGCCUAACUCCUAACCUCACUCUCAACCCCAGCCGUUAGCCUAACUCCUAACCUCACUCUCAACCCCAGCCGUUAGCCUAACUCCUAGUCUCACCCACAACCCCAGCCGUUAACCUAACUCCUAACCUCACCCUCAACCCCAGCCAUUAGCCUUACUCCUAGCCUCACCCUCAACCCCAGCCGUUAGCCUAACUCCUAGCCUCAACCCCAGCCGUUAGCCUAACUCCUAACCUCACUCUCAACCCCAGCCAUUAGCCUAACUCCUAACCUCACUCUCAACCCCAGCCGUUAGCCUAACUCCUAGCCUCAACCCCAGCCGUUAGCCUAACUCCUAACCUCACUCUCAACCCCAGCCGUUAGCCUAACUCCUAACCUCACUCUCAACCCCAGCCGUUAGCCUAACUCCUAGCCUCACUCUCAACCCCAGCCGUUAGCCUAACUCCUAGCCUCAACCCCAGCCGUUAGCCUAACUCCUAGCCUCAACCCCAGCCGUUAGCCUAACUCCUAGCCUCAACCCCAGCCGUUAGCCUAACUCCUAGCCUCAACCCCAGCCGUUAGCCUAACUCCUAGCCUCAACCCCAGCCGUUAGCCUAACUCCUAGCCUCACCCACAACCAGCAGCCCUGAUGUGAGGGACACCACCACAUGGUUCUGAACUACAACCUUCAACCCUACCAUCUAUCACCAAUUCAGGGUUUCCGCUCACUGCCCCCUCAGUGCAGUUUGGGUGCGCCCACCGCCCAAGGUUAUCUGAUUGAACUAUAAUCUUAACUCGCCCUCGUCCAUUCAUGGUGCCCUUAAAUUACAAUGUACGCAAGGUGCUGUCAUUUCAUUGAUAUCUGAACUAUGAAAUCACCAGCCAUUGUCAAGUGAUUGGCCUCCGUCCUCUUUGUUAUCAUCGACUGCUGUCAAUGUGGGAAGGGAAGGGAAAGGACAUGAAUUAAAUGCACUAGAUUAUCCAUCACCAUCAUAAUCACUUUAUCAGACUACAGAGUGAUCCAUUCCUAGGCAUUUAUAACCAGUCAUUACAAAUUGAGUUGAUGUUAUAAGGCUGGUGAGAAGCUGACUGGCCAGUUACAUUUGUCAGUGCCUUUUGAUUGAAAACCACUGAGUCUUUGUGCCAUAAUGUCGUUCUAUAAAGGUAUGAGUUAAAGGUUUCCCCACAAUGUAGUGGCACUUUUUAUAUCCUCCGUUCUUCCUUCCUUGUGCCCCGUUUCAUUCAGAAAUUCAUGCGAGAUAUGACAGAUAUGGGCGAUGUGAGAGAUAUGACAGAUAUGGGCGAUAUGAGAGAUAUGACAGAUAUGGGCGAUAUGAGAGAUAUGAGAGAUAUGGGCGAUAUGAGAGAUAUGAGAGAUAUGACAGAUAUGGGCGAUAUGAGAGAUAUGACAGAUAUGGGCGAUAUGAGAGAUAUGACAGAUAUGGGCGAUAUGAGAGAUAUGACAGAUAUGAGCGAUAUGAGAGAUAUGACAGAUAUGGGCGAUAUGAGAGAUAUGACAGAUAUGGGCGAUAUGAGAGAUAUGACAGAUAUGGGCGAUAUGAGAGAUAUGACAGAUAUGGGCGAUAUGAGAGAUAUGACAGAUAUGGGCGAUAUGAGAGAUAUGACAGAUAUGGGCGAUAUGAGAGAUAUGACAGAUAUGGGCGAUAUGAGAGAUGUGGGCGAUAUGCAAGAUAUGACAGAUAUCAGAGAUAUGGGCGAUAUGAGAGAUAUGAGAGAUAUGUGAGAUAUGAGAGAUAUGGGCGAUAUGAGAGAUAUGACAGAUAUGGGCGAUAUGAGAGAUAUGAGAGAUAUGUGAGAUAUGAGAGAUAUGGGCGAUAUGGGCGAUAUGAGAGAUAUGAGAGAUAUGGGCGAUAUGAGAGAUAUGGGCGAUAUGAGAGAUAUGUGAGAUAUGAGAGAUAUGGGCGAUAUGAGAGAUAUGGGCGAUAUGAGAGAUAUGAGAGAUAUGGGCGAUAUGAGAGAUAUGAGAGAUAUGUGAGAUAUGAGAUCUAUGAUAGAUAUGACAGAUAUCAGAGAUAUGGGCGAUAUGAGAGAUGAGAGAUAUGAGAAAUAUGUGAGAUAUGUGUACUUACAUACUAUUGAAAAAAUAAGUAGCAGCAAGUCAGGCAUCUAGCAGCAAGUUUAGACAUCCAAACUCGAAAUAGAACUGCUUGUUUUAGUUUCUAAAGCAUUUUAAAAAUAUUUCACAUGUCAACCGUUUGAUCAAAUUCCUAUUUAUUUCAAGAUGAUGGAUCAUUGUGCGAUUUAAAGGAUAUCAGGAAGGGCGUUUGUUUAUGAGGGAAACUUUAAGAGCUUUUGUUCUGUACAUGGGAUAAAGAGAAGAAGAAGUGGGUUGCCGGGGUAAUAAAGUAGUAGUCAAGGUACUCAUAAAUGAUUGUGACUUUUUAAAAAGGACUUAUUUGUUCAAAAACAAGACAAACAAUGGUGAGACCAUAUCUAUCAAUGUUUUGAUUUCUUCUUAAAAUCUUGUGAGAAUUGUUCAACUCAGUUGUUUUUCUUUUUUAUAUUUCUCCACAGGAUUCAAAAUGUAUUUAAAAUACUUGUAUUCUCUCAAUGUGACAAUAUGCAACAGCAAAACUGUGUGUGUUAAUGCAUCUGAUUUGAUGAAGGCGUAUAUUAUGUGUUUAUAGAGUGUUUAUGUUUCUGCUUACCUUAAUGUACGGUCUGUAUUAAUAUGUUUGAAAAUUAUUCUAAAGCACAAAGUGUCAAAAACGUUAUGGUACAGCUUGUGUACAGAGCUUAUAGCAGCUUCAUCCUAAAUACACUGAGUGGACAAAACAUUAGGAAUACCUUCCUAGUAUUGAGUUACCCCUCUUUUUGCCCUCAGAACAGCCUCAAUUCGUCGGGGCAUGGACUCUACAAGGUGGGUGGUGGACCAUUCUUGAUACACACAGGAAACUGUUGAGCGUGAAAAACCCAGCAGCGUUGCAGUUCUUGACACUCUCAAACUGGUGCGCCUGGCACCUACUACCAUACCCCCGUUCAAAGGCACUUACAUUUUUUGUCUUGCACAUUCACCCUCAUAAUGGCACAUAUACACAAUCCAUGUCUCAAUUGUCUCAAGGCUUAAAAAUCCUUCUAAACCUGUCUCCUCCCCUUCAUCUACACUGAUUGAAGUGGAUUUAACAAGUGACAUUAAUAAGGGAUCAUAGCUUUCACCUGGUCAGUCUAUGCCAUGGAAAGAGCAGGUGUUCCUAAUGUUUUGUUCACUCAGUGUAUCUACCCCUUCAUGGGCACAAUUUGAAUAUUUUAACUAGCACUAUUACAGCAGCAUGUGACGACAUGCCAACCGAGGCCUGUAUAUAGUUAGAGAACUAUUUUAUCCAUUUAUUACACAGUUAUUGUAUGAAUUUGUGAAUGGUAAAGUAUAUUUUGUGGUAUGUAUGACUGUGAUGUGGACUGGUUUAUAGUGGCUAUGAGACGACCUACAGUACAGUAAGUCCAUGGUGUCAUUUGAAGGGUAUUGAAUAGGAAAAGUGUGCCCCUCACUCAGACUGUGACCCAACUAUUGUUGAUAAGAUACCGUUUGUGAUUGAAUGGUGGCUCACAAAUGUUUUGGGUUCUGUAUUCUGUUUAAUUAACAGGACACCAACCCAUUGGUUAUUUUGUUCUGUCAUUUUAUUAACAUGGUACAUUGUGGUGUUUUAAAGCUUUUUAAAACAUGAAGGUUAAAGCUGCUACUUUUAUUUUUAAAAAGACAAUUAAUUAAUAUCCGAAUGAAUAUUGUUGUGUGGUGUUUAUUUUCAGACUAACCGAGUCAAUUCUGACUGUGAAUAACUAGCUAUUGCAUUGAUGAUAACUACAUUCGACAGGAAAACACUGAUAGUAGCUUAUUUUCCAUCCCAUUUCUCUGUUAUCUCAAUAUUGCACAUUAUUGUUGUACGCAGAGUGAGUGAGUGCAUAUUUCAUUAAACAUGUUUUGAGUUUGUAUAAGCUUGUUGACGACAAAUCCAGCACCCAGGUUGACUGAUAUUAGAUUCAUGAAUGAUAUUCAAUAAGGAGAGAAAGGACUGAUCCCAUUAAAUUAUCCACAAUUGAUAAAUGUGCAUUAAAGAUGUUAUACAUUUCA